AUGAAUACCGCUACGGUGGGGAUGGCGGUCACGCCCACCGUCCUGUCGACCUUCCUUUCGCAUUAUCUCAACCGCAAACCGCUACGACAGCGACCUACCGCUCAUCUCUCCUACGACGAGGGUCUGCACCUGAUUCGAUCGUUCCUCGCCUUUGCGUCGCAUCACAGUGUCGAGGACCUGCAGGCUUUCACUGCCCAGUGGGUGCCGCAUCCAGUAUGGGUUUCGGUCGAGGAAGUCAACAUCCCCGAGGACAAGCUCGUUGAGUCGGCCAAUGUGCUUCAGGAGCAAUUGGGUCCCGAUGGUAUCCGUAAGGUCGGAGGCCGGAAUUGGUGGCAAUGGCGGGGGCCUGCCGCCACCCCCUUGAAGUGCGAAUGGAUCGAGAUGCGAUCUGACUACAACGAGCGCAAGAGGACGGGUGACCAAGCCAAGAGGGUCAUGCUCUACGUCCAUGGGGGGGCCUACUUCUUCGGCUCUAUCGACGAGCACCGCUACCAGAUGCAGAGACAUGCGCGCAAGCUCAAGGCGAGGGUCUUUGCCCCUGAGUAUCGACUGUCGCCUCAGUUCCCCUUUCCGUGUGGCCUCCAGGACUGUCUAGCUGCGUACCUAUACCUGCUUACGGUUCAGGACCCGACUACCAUCAUACUAGCCGGAGAUUCGGCGGGUGGUGGCAUGGUCGUGAGCAUGCUGGUCACCAUGAGGGACCGAGGCAUUCCUAUGCCUGCGGGUGCCAUCCUGAUCAGUCCAUGGGUCGACUUGACGCACUCCUUUCCCAGUGUUGCUGGCGAUUGUCCCUUGGACUAUAUUCCACAACACGGGUUUCAUCACAAACCAUCCAAGGCAUGGCCGCCGUUGAAUGCGGACGAGUACGCCAUCUUGAAAGACCAGAUAGCUAAUAACACCAAGCCCGGCCUGACUAAGCUCAUGAAGCCUGCUGCAGUAGACCAGAAGCUCUCGCAAAACCUCGACCAGCUACCUUCAGCGUUAGACUUGGACAACGGGUCCCCUCGUAACAGCAUGGCUGAGACUACGUAUAUCUCAAUCAAUCUUGAUGGAAAAGAGGUCCAGCUGAAGGACCAAAUUCAGAUGUACACGACCAACGAACUGUUGUCACACCCGCUGGUCAGCCCUGUCAUGCAACCGACUCUGGGUGGUCUUCCACCUUUGCUCAUCAUGACAGGCGGUGGUGAGAUACUUCGAGACGAGCAGAUAUAUCUUGCUCAUAAAUGUGCACACCCGGAGAAGUACCUCCCAGGUGACAUCAACAUGCAUGAAUCGGCACGGAAACAGCUUGCACGCUUCAAGCCAACUGAUGUCCAACUUCAAAUCUGGGACGAUCUGUGCCACGUUGCGCCAACGCUCAGUUUCACGCAUCCGGCCAAGUUUAUGUAUCGAUCUAUUGCCCAGUUCGGAGCUUGGGCUCUUGCCAGGGCUCAAAAGGUAGAUAUUGAGAUCCUGGACGACGACGACAUUUCGUUCAUCUCUAGCUCGGGAUCGGACUCUGAUGGUUCGAGCGCGCAAGAGAAGAAAGAACCCGAAGUGACAGAAGGCGAUCAGCCACAAGUUGGAAAGGCUGGAGACCCGUUGCCGCCAUUCACGCACCAUAUGAUCCGCCAACGUGUUAAUCGGCAUGGAAUUAUCAGGCCAUUAGAACCCGCUGCCGACUUGCCAGGUUGCACUCUUCAUCCCAACGAGAUCGGUGUGGUGAAAGAAGGUCCCGUCAGGAAAUGGCUUGAAGCACGACACCAGUGGGAUACCCGGUACGGCAGUACCCGUGCCAAAAUCCAUAAGAAGCGCCUCAAGGAGAUGGCCGCAGGAUAUGUUGGAUUCGAUGGGGAGACGCCGCCUCCCAGCGCUCUUGCCAGCAGGCGCAAGGGCGGAGAUGACUAUUAUGGGAAGAAGAAGAAGAGACAGAAGAGUAUGGGUCUCGCCUUAUGGUCACUCUGGGGCUCCAAACACGACGAAGCGACGGUCGGUCGAGAACAGGAUGCGGAGAAAGAACCAGAAACCAAAGUUGCAGUCAAAGUUGCUACCAACGAGGAAGGAGAAGGUGCUCGGUCGCACUCUGAUAUCCAAAAGCAGGAGAACGCGGUGGCCAGGAAAGGCCUCUUGGGUAGUCGAAGCCGCUCGAGGACCAAAAUCGUUCGGUACGAACGGCAAAUUGCUGCCGACGACGACGACGACGAGGUUAACGAGAAUACCCCUGCCGCCGUGCUCAUGGCCAAGAGAGACGAGAAGGCGAAACAAGAGGUUGAGGUUGAGCCGCCGCUGCCGUCUCCACGCAGCAAUCUGCUUAGCCCCGAUUACAUGCCGCCGGAGACGGGCGUCACGGGCAAACGGCCGAUCGUGGGCGGUAUAGCGGUUCCUUUCAGCCUGAAUAAGGACGCCGAGACGGCCAGCAUGUUGACCCUGAACUCGAAGAUGGAUCAGCCCUCGCGCGUCGUCAGCCCGAGACCGAUGAGCUCCCAGGCCAAUCCUUUGGGUCAGACGAGUGCUGCUGCGGCGGCGGCGGCCACCGAUAAGGCCCGGGAUGAAGUUGUCAAGCCUGAAGAAUUGACGCAAAAAGGGGCUCCUGCUGCGGUAACCCCGGGAGGAGCAGGUCCUGAGCCGGCCUCGGCACAAAACAUUGUUCUCGGUCUUGAGAUCACACCAGGAAUUGUGGUGGACUCACACGAUGAGCGGCCGCCCUUGGAGUCGUUCGUUACUGCACAGGAAGAUCUUCCCAGGGCGCAAUGA